GGUAUAGGUUAUUUUGUUUGUGAGGAAAUUCGUAUUAGAAAUACUAAUAUAUUAUUAUGAGUAAUUUAUUUAAGCUUAAAUUGACUGCCCUCGGCCAUCCCAACCCAGGAGACUUCAAUUGCGACGAUGAAAAGGAAUACAGGAGCGUAAUUUUGUGGCUUGAAGAUCAGAAAAUCAGACAUUACAAGAUUGAGGAGCGGGACGGUCUGAGAAAUAUCGAGAAGGAUAGUUGGAAGGAUGCUUUCAAUACUUACCAGAAGGAUUUGGUCAGCCCAGUGUUAGAUGGAACUCCAAAUGAGCAAUUAAAUUGGCUACUCUCGUAUGCCGUAAGACUAGAGUACGCGGAUAAUAUUGAAAAGUACAAGAAUGCAAAAGUGGAUAAACCAAAACAGGCUGCACCCAAUGUGGUUUCCUCUAAUCCCUUGGACAACCUCGACUUUUCAAGUCCAGCUUUCAAGGCAGGUGUUGAAAGAGUAUGCACUUUAGCUGGAGUCGGACCACAUCCAGACCCUAAAUUCCGGCUGGCAGCUCUAGCAAAAAUUCUGAAGACUACACCACACCCAGAGCCACCCCCAACUGAGGUCAACUUAAUACAACAGCCAUCUGAUGUCCUCAAGUUACUUUUUGUUCAAGACCUUAGAGAUUUGCAAACUAAGAUCAAUGAAUCGCUGGUUGCGGUCCAAACUGUGACUGCUGAUCCAAGAACCGAUACCACACUGGGAAGAGUUGGUAGAUAAAGUCUUGAAAAAUCAAUUGGGCAUCUCAUCAACUUAAUGAUCUAGUCUGUUAUUGGGCUAAAGAUAAUAGUAGCAAUUUUUUUAUAACAUUGUUAACCUUUUUCUUGUAAUUUGAAGAUGCCCAAAUAAUCUUAAUUAAAUAAUGUG